CACCUUCAAUUCACAUCCUAAUUGGGAAAAGUAUAAUGAAAAGAUCGUAUCAUUAUUGUUCUGGUUGAAAGCGAUAAGCCACGUCCGUCAGGCAACUACCAGUAGACCAGCCCCAGUUUACUUUAUGAUUUGGUGUCUAACAUUCCUUUAUUUGUAUAGCGAGCUCUCCGCGAUUUCCUGAUAUGAAUAUCUACGAAGAGAUACCGUUUAAUUCCCCAUUUAAAACCGAUCCUUGGGACCGGUUCAUCCGCAGAAGUUCGGCGGUGAGGGUUCGACAUCAGACCUUGAAGGAAACUACACUCCCAGAUAAUGUGGAUUGCAUUAUCAACCAGAAGUUGUAUUCAAGGUCAACGGAGACAUACAAGAGUAUGGUGGCUGAGGCGUUGACGGUGACGUCGAAGACCCAGCCCUGGACGUCUCAGUGGCCGGUUCGGUGUCGUCCUAACCCUUUCAUCGGCUCACCGGAUGUUGUACUGGACUUACCCAACCUCCGUAAUGACUUUUGCAGCAACUUGAUGGAUUGGAGUGUCUCUGACUACUUGACUGUGGCGUUCCCCAGGUCAGUGUAUCUGUGGCACACGCCUUCCAGCCGCACACUGCGACUGCCGGCAGUGCAUCCUUCCUGCAUCAAAUGGAAUCAGGAAGGGACAGUUCUCUUCUCGGCUUCCAGAACCGGCAGCUACAAGAUGUACGAUAUGAUAGCUGAGCGAAAUAUGUGUAUGAACUGGCGACCACGAUGCCACCUGGGCUGUCAUGUCACUUGUGCCGCUUUUCACCCAACUCUACCCUUUCUGUUCGUAGGCUGCAGCAAAGGUGCUUUCUUAGGAUACCACGUGAACAAAGGACUACACCAGAUAGUUGAUGUCCGUGACUACAACUCCGCCAUCACCUCACUGGCGUUCUCGUGUGACGGUAGCUACUUCGCGGUGACCAGUAUGAGUAGCAGGGUCUCGGUCUACAACACAAAUGACUGUCAACUGGUAUUCGCAUCCAAACUGGGAGGGCCUGCCAGAGCUCUAGCGUGGCACCCAUGGAAACGGUCUUGCCUGGUGGCUGCUGACGUAAUGGGCUCAAUGGCUCUUUACAACGUCCUCGCUCCCAGUGGCCAGCCUGAGCGUUUGUACACGUCCAUCUACAACUCUGCGAUACUCUGCGUCUCUUUUAAUCCUCUCAGUGCGGAGCUCGUCGUCAGCCACAGGAUCUUUAGCGAAUUUAACAGUACCGAUAGUGUUGCUCAGACAUCCACGUUUGCCGAGACACAGCUAAACGUGCUAGCGUCGUUCGACCGGGUUGUCGACCGGAUGCAUGGCCACACAGGCCGGGUGCCCUUUCUCAACUGGAGCCCGGAUGGGACCAAGCUAGCGUCAUCGGGAAGCGACGAAACUGCUAGAAUAUGGAACUUUCUGCCCCAUGAGAAAAAUCAGAAGUCGAGGAAGAAGUCCUGUAAGUUGAACUAUCCGUCUGCUGCCAUAGAACUAGGCAACCGCAUGGGUUUAACGAUAAGAUAAACCAGCCUAUCAUGUCCCAGGACUUUAAAUACGACCCCCCUAUUAUAUGCUCCCCCCUAUUGGAGUUUAAACAAAUUAAUUAUAAUCUAUGAUGUGUUUAUACUACAUGCUGUUACCUGAACAAAUACGCAUUAUAAAAUUAUAUUGAUUUGAAUGAAGGUCAAAAUCAAUAUCGAUGUACAGUUAUAUAGGCUACAUGUAUUGCCAGUCUCAUUGUUAUUUGUUGUCAGACGUGAAACUCAUGAAGUGGUUUAGAAUUAAGCUGUUACAUUCUAUAUAUGUUUUUACUUUCAUAUUUAAUAAAAGUAUUUGUUUUUAUUUUAUAUUGUAAUUAUUUAUAUUUAAAUCAAAUUUAUAUUUAAUAAUAUGCAAUAUUGAAAUCAUCAUAUUUUAUUUGAUAGGAGAAAACUACGAAAUAGCCGUUGGAAAAAUGUUAAAAUUCCAUAUAUUAUGAGAUUGAUGGGUAUGAUGAUUCAACACUUAUGUUUAUUGUGAUAAUAAAGGUGUCGUUUUUAAGUAAAAGUUAAAUUCAUUUUGUAAAAUGAA